UAAUAUUUGCCGGAGCAGCGUUGCGUUGGCGCGGCUCCAGCUCGUCUCCCACUCGGCUAACGAGCGGCCGGCGGAGCGGGGCGGAGCGCAGCGGGACCAAGUGGCUUCUCUGCCCGAGCCGAGAGUUAACUGUCAGAUGAUAGCGACGCUCUUUUGCAGCAGUAAACGCAGUGCCAUGACGGUGUCUGGCAGCUGAGAGACCAAGAGACGAGACCCAUGUCCAAGAUUUGGGUGUGAACAACUUGGGACACGAUGCCUCCCUUGCUGAUAUCCUUCCUGCUUAUUCUUCUGCUCGGGAUAGUGUUGUUAUGUGUCAUUUUCAGAUGGCUCAUAUGCACCCUGGCUGUGCGAUUCUUCCAGACUGCACUCGAUGCGGACCUAAAGAUCAAAUCAGUCGGGCUGUUUUCUGUUCAAGGAGUUAGUAUCCAGUUUCACCCCCAGCACACUCUGGAAAUUGACAAAAUAUGGAUUUCAAGUAAACUUCUUAAUCAGGAUCUGCCGAGAUACCUGGCCUUGUGUGUUGGCGACACCAGAGUGAGGUUCGACUUGCAGGCCCCACUCGGACCUUUGGGGAAGGAGAGCCACGGAGGAAAGUCUGGCAAGAUUUCACUCAGCCCCACAACACUACGCUUCCUGUCACAACUGCUGUCGUUCCACAUCAGCUCAAUCAAUGUGAUGGUCCUCAACCUCGCUUUGUCAGAGUCUCUAUGGCACAUGACAGUUACUGGCAUCACCUUGUUGCUGGACCACCAGAGUAAAAGGUUGGCGUGGGACUUCUCAGUCGGGCAGCUAAGCAGUAAAGUACUUAAAAGCAGUCAGUUGGACAUAUGUCUGGCUGAAGUGGCCCUGAGCCUGCUUCUGUCCGGAGAUGUGAGCCUACCUGAGAUGAAGCCAGGUUGUCUGUCCCUGAAUGUGAGAACGCUUAUAGCAGAGCUCCAUGAGGGACUGUUUCUGAGCCAACUCCUGCUGCCCCCUUCUCCCCAAAAGUGCAGUCAGGAAGCAUCUGAGUGUGAAAACACUGUGUUCAUCCAGACUGAGACCGUGGAGCGGUUUCAUCGGCUGGUUCCCCACAAGGUCAAAAUGGAAUUUGAUAAUACAAAUGUGACCAUGUCCAUGCACAGCCAGAAGAGACACCUGAAUUGGACUCUGAAGUCCUUAAAAGUCUGCUACGGACGGGACGAUGAGCAGCUUCCUCUUAGGAGCUUCACUCCUGAACUGAGCAUUCCCCAAAGCAACCUGGAGCUCCUUCUCGAAGAUGGACUUCUCCUCUCACAAAGUAGGCAAAGAAUCCUUUGUGUGAACACACUGAAGACAGCCCUGCAGAUUUCCUCUGUCGACAUCUCGGGAUCAUUCACGAUCAACACUUGCAUUAUCCACUACCGCCACCAGGAGUUCUCACAUUGGCUACAUCUAUUUCCAUGGGAACAGCUAAUCCACAGGAAGGCAGCGCAUAGAAAAAGUCCAUUAGAUUAUUUGCCCACCCUCCUUUUCCUCAGGCGCCUCCCUCACCUGGAUGCUCCUGUGAUGAUCACCUCCUCCGUGUCCAACGUUAAUGUUUCCGUUCAGCUGGGGGACACGACACCCUUUGCUCUCGGCUUCCUCUCGGCUAGCGCAGAACUGCAGCAUCUUCUAGACAUUAAAGUUGACGCAGAGGUCACGGAGUCCCAGAAUGUGCACCAGCGGGCCUCGCUGUCCCUGGACAACUUCUGGUGGAGAGUGGGUCAGGGUUCUCAUAUCCAACAAACCCCCCAUCCUCCUGGUAAACACGUGUGGGGAGAAGCGCUAAUUUUAGACUCGCUCAGUCUGCAGGGGAGUUUCAACCGACCGCACAUGGAGUCGAGUAGCAGGAACCAGAGUCUGAGCGUGGAGUCGAGCCUGAAAGGGCUUCAGGUGGAGCUCUCGGAGACUUGUGCACUGUGUCUGUCUCGCCUGCUGAACCUCAUCUGUGUUCCUCUGGACUCUGGGCCACCGCUGCCAGAUGUGGCCUCAGUGUCUCCCUCUGCUGAGGAUGCCGUACCCAUGUCUUCCUCACUGCUCCAUCUGCUGUUCAAACUAGACUGUUGUCUGGAGGAUGUCAAUGUGUUCACACUGUCUAAUCUAGCAGGAGCCGUGUCUUUGCGGAUGGACACUGUCAAAGUCCACUGCUCUGCAGAGAGGUCCACUGUGUCUCUUCAGAGCAUUAGCUUGUCAGCGAUCAAAGCCCUCACGGAUAAUAUGGAGUCAUGUUGCCCCGCCUCCCAAACCCCCAAUCCUGUCCUCAAACUCACCGAGAUAGCCUUUUCCUACUUCAUCCCCACCCACACCUUACAGGUUCAAUGUGAAGAGGAGCUCACUGUGGAGUGGACGUCGCCCGACCACAUGGUCUUAUACCAGCACAUGACUGAAGCUCAGGCUUAUUGGCAUAUGCUUUGCGGGGAGAAAGGAGCGGAGAGUCCGUCUCAACCUGCGGACGCUGAAAUCCUGUGUGGCCAGAGCAGAGAGCUGUGUGUGCGAAUCGAACUGGGCGGCACACGUCUGACCGCCCACGUCAGUGAACACAACUACAUUCUCCUGCACACAGAAGCCCUCACAGUCUCCAGGCACGCUGGUUCCAUGCAUAUACGUUCCCCCUCCUUGAUCCUCAACUUUGACGGCAACGACAUCGUCACUUUCAAAAGUCUGGACGUGGAAACGCACGCCGAGCUGAAAGAGAUGCAGCCGCACAGAGACACGUUCCCCUUUCUCACCACUCCCCACAACUGUGUCUGGGUCCUCACUUGCCCCUCUCUGGCCAUCGAGUUCCCUUACCAAUAUGACUUCUCCAACACCUUCGAUAUGGCCAUUAAUGUGCAGAAGUGGCUGAAGACUCUGCAUCGCUCCCCGAUGCAAGCUUCCGGCACCCAACGUCUGCCUCCCGACCUCGUGGUCAAAAUCAGCCAGUUCUCCUUUGUCUUCCUGGACGACGUUUUUGAGAUCAAGCUGCGGGACAACUACGAGCUCAUGAAGGACGAGAGUAAGGAAAGCGCAAAGCGUCUGCAGCUCCUGGAUAAGAAGGUGGCAGAUCUGCGCAAGCAGCACGGGGAACUUCUCCCCGCCAGAAAGAUUGAAGAGCUGUACAGUUCGCUGGAGAAGAAGCACAUUGAGAUCUACAUCCAGCGCUCGCGCCGCCUCUACGCCAACACACCCAUGAGGAAGUCUCUGCUGACCUGGACUGUGUCCGACUUGGAGCUAGUCGCCCUGGCUGACCAUGGUCUUCACGGGCCAGAGAGGGUGAGGGAGCAGCUGAGGGACAUUGAUGGGAUCAGUCCCUUCCCAAGGGACGGUCUCCCUCUGGUGGUCCAGUGGUGUCGUGCUGUGAAGUUUAAACUGGUGGCAUUUUUAGUGAGAAUUCGGGAUUACCCUCGUUACUUGUUUGAAAUCCGGGAUUGGGAGCUGUCUGGCCGUCUGAUUGGGACGGAGCAGGAUGGACAGGCUAGGGCUCAUCGCAAAGAGAUCGUCCCACUUGGUCCGCCAUGGGGAGAUGUGACGGUGCACAGGAAUAUGCCACCACUCAAAUUCUACUACGAUUUCAAAUCUAACAUCUCACUGUACACUAUUGUGUGGGGGCCAUGUUGGGACCCUGCCUGGACUCUGAUUGGCCAGUCUGUAGACCUGCUGACCAAACCUACAGUUGAUCCCUCACCUCUACUGGCCUGGUGGGACAAAAGUCGUCUCCUUCUGCAUGGCCGCUGGGUUAUGGACAUUGACCAGGCCAAUCUUCAUCAGCUGGCUACAGAGGACCCUUACAACACGACAGAAAACCUGCACUGGGAGUGGAAUAAGCUGAACUUUGACUGGAACCCAGGCCAGUUUCUUUUUAAAGGAGAUUUGGACGUGAACGUCAGAACUGCAUCAAAAUAUGAUGAUAUUUGUUUCCUCCAUCUGCCCAACCUGUGUAUGACCCUUGACCUCCAAUGGCUUUGCCAUGGCAAUCCCCAUGACCACUACGCUGUAAUGCUCUGCUGUGCGGAGAACAUUGCAGACGUGACCUCAGGACAACCUCAUGACUCCUACAGAGCCUUUCGCUCUGAGAACCUCAACCUCUCCAUCACCAUGGACCUUAACCAGCACUGCGGCACAGAAUCCUCCCUGCCAAGAAUUCUGCUGUAUAGCAGCACUUUGCGCUGGAUGCAAAACUUUUGGGCCACAUGGACAGGUGUCUCUCGACCUAUCUGCAGAGGCAAGCUCUUCCACAGCCUCAGGCCUAUCCGCAAGAAGCUGGGUCAGCACUACAAACAGAUGUCCUACACUGCUGCCUUUCCACAAUUACAAGUGCAUUACUGGGCCUCCUUCGCCCAGCAGAGAGGUGUCCAAGUGGAGUGCAACAAAGGCCACGUCUUCACUCGAGGGGCACAGCGACUCAUUCCACAGGCUGGCACUGUGAUGAGGAGGCUAAUCUCUGAAUGGAACGUGACCCAGAUGGUUAGUGAGUUGUCCCAGGUGACGGUUCACCUGAUGGCCUCCACGUGGGAUGAGACAGCCGACCACCAGAUCAACGCACAGGUGAAGAAGACUCACCUGCUCAGCUUGUCCUCCCUGAGCUACCAGCGACAGAGUAACCGCAUGGAGGAGGAGGUGAACCAGAAGGAUGAGACUAACGCCUCUUACACACACAAACUGCGCCUGGUGGACCUACGGGCCUCCUGGACCACCACAAAUAGGAACAUAGCCUUCGCGCUGUACGACGGCUACAAAAAAGCGUCCGUGCUGAAGAGAAAUCUCUCCACCGAAGCGUUGAAGGGUCUUAGGAUCGACACCCAGCUGCAGACCAAGAAGCUCAAGCGCUCUCCUUCCAACUACUCUCCCACCACACCCGUUGUGCCCACCGUCAGUCGAGCAGAGAAAAGUCAAAACGAGGGAACAUCGAUGCUUCAGAAACUGAUUGAAGAAACUGACAAGUUCGUGGUGUUCUCAGAGGAGGAUUCAGGUGUCAGCGACCAGCUGUGUGGCAUCGCAGCCUGUCAGACGGAUGAUGUCUAUAACCGCAACUGGUUUAUUGAGUUGGUCAACUGUCAGAUGAUGUUGCGUGGCACAGAGACUGCAGGCUGCGUGCUGGUGUCCGCAGCAAAGGCUCAGCUGCUUCAGUGCGAGCACCACCCCGCCUGGUACAACGACACCCUGAAGCAGAAGACCACCUGGACCUGUCUGCUGGACGGGAUGCAGUACUUUGCCACCAUGGAGCCCAACCCAUCCGAGCAAGAGGAAAGGCAGCUGUGGCUGGAGGUGAAAAACAUAGAGGAGCACAGGCAGCGUAAUCUGGACUCCGUGCUGGAGCUGAUGGAGAGUGGCCAGGCUGUGGGAGGAAUGGUUAGCACCACUACAGACUGGAACCAGCCGGCGCAGGUGAACGAGGCUCAGCAGGUUCAGCGAAUCAUUUCCCGCUGUAGCUGUCGGAUGCAUUACAUCAGUUACAGUCACGACAUCAACCCUGAGGUGGCCACACAGAUCAAACCACCGGAGCUGAGGAAUAACCACGAGAAAGAGGAUCUUCUGAAAAAACAAGCUGGGGCAGUGGACACCUUUACCCUCAUUCAUCACGACCUUGAGAUAUCCACUAACCCCGUUCAGUACGCUAUGAUCCUGGACAUCGUCAACAACCUGUUGCUGCAUGUGGAGCCCAGACGCAAGGAACACAGUGAGAAGAAGCAGCGUGUGCGUUUCCAGCUGGAAAUUUCCAGUAACCCUGAGGAGCAGCGCAGCAGCAUCUUGCACCUCCAGGAGGCAGUGAGGCAGCACCUUGCCCUGAUUAGACGUCUUGAGAAACAGAUUUACUCCAACAUCAGGGCACAAUCUGAAGAGCUGAGCGGUGAUGAACUAAUAGAGAUCAACACAAGACUGCAAAACCAGCUCAAUCAGGAGAAGAACGACAUGCAGAUGAAGAGUGAAGAGCUCAACAUUCUCAUCAGGUGUUUUAAGGACUUUCAGCUGCAACGGGCAAACAAGCUGGAGCUGCGUAAGCCUCCAGAGGAUGUGAGUGUGGUGAGGAGAACGGAGAUCUACUUCGCUCAGGCCCGCUGGUGUUUGACCGAAGAAGACGGCCAGCUUGGCAUCGCUGAGUUGGAGCUGCAGAGGUUCAUGUACAGUAAGCUAAACAAGUCUGACGACACGGCCGAGCAUCUUUUGGAGUUAGGUUGGUUCACGAUGAACAACCUCCUGCCCAAUGCAGCAUACAAGGUUGUACUUCGGCCUCAGAGUAACUGCCAGUCUGGACGCCAGUUUGCCUUGCGUAUUUUCAGUAAAGUGCGUCCCCCUGUAGGAGGGAUCUCUGUCAAGGAGCACUUUGAGGUGAACGUGGUGCCUCUGACCAUCCAGCUGAUGUACCAGUUCUUCAAAAGGAUGAUGGGAUUUUUCUUUCCUGGAAGAAAUGUUGAAGAGGAAGAGGUGACCGAUGAAGAGGACAAGUUCAGAUUGGUUACCACAGGUAUCCCUGUCAAGCCCCGGCAAUCAUCCGAGGACACUAUGGGUGCUAUGGGCCCCAGCAAAGGUGUCGCCCAGGGAUUGAACCGCACUGCGGGGGUCAGGAGGUCAUUCAGGAAGCCUCCAGAGCAGCAUCCUGUUGACGACAUUGAUAAGAUGAAGGAGCGCGCUGCCAUGAACAACUCCUUCAUCUACGUCAAGAUUCCCCAAGUUCCCCUGUGUGUCAGCUACAAGGGAGAAAAGAGUAGUGUGGACUGGAAGGACCUGAACCUGGUUCUGCCCUGUUUGGAGUACCAUAACAAUACCUGGACCUGGCUUGACUUUGCCAUGGCUGUGAAAAGGGACAGCCGUAAAGCUCUUGUAGCACAGAUGAUAAAGGAGAAGCUGCGUCUGAAGCCGGCCUCCGGCUCCGAGCUGCGGGGGAAGGCGUCCGAGGGGAAGUCGGACACAAGCAUGCAGCAGCAGGAGGAGGACGAGAAGGCUCGGCUCCUCAUCGGCCUCAGCACCGCGGACAAGAGCUCCAGCAAGAAGAGCAUCUUCAGUCGGCGAAAAUGAAGCGACAAACGCUCGCACGUUGGAGUCCAAAUGUCAGCGCGGAGGAUCCGGCAAAACGGCCUCUUUGAGAUCAGCACAUCAGUCUGGCUUUUGAGGACCGCAGAGAAAAGGGGAGUCAGUGGAGCAUUUCGCAAUUGUUUAUGGAGAUAUGUCACUGUAUUGAUGAUCCUGCUGAAUUUAUUGCUGUAUUUUUGUUUUUCAAAUAAUACUCAAUUUGAGUUUAUGGCCAAAAUCCCCACUGGAACUCAAACAGGUCUCUCAUGAGACUAAGAUGUUGGGUCUCAAUGAGAUUACCGGUAAAAGAAAAUAAAGGUUAAAUUGAUUUAACAAGAGAUUUCCAUAAAUUUCCAGGGUGCCAUUUUGGACCAAAUAGAUAAUAUUAACUUGUUUAUGUGUGACAUCAAACGUUCACUCUGCAUUUCAUACACAAAACGACCACUUGCUCUACAUCGACAGCGGGGAAUCUUCACUGUAACGCUUUCCUCUGCUUCUUUAAAUGCUAGACUGAGAGCAGCUGUUCCUGCAGGCCCAGGAAAGCUGCAUCUCUGCCCGAAUUAAUACGACCCAACUGGAAUGCACCUUCAACCCCCUGUAAAAGAAAAGAAACUAUUAUAAAAUGUCAGAAUCAAAUAUCUGUUUUACUAAUGAAAGGUAUUGUAAAUGGCUGUAUGAGUGUCACUCUGACAGGAAGGCUUUUUAUCCCCAAAAUGAUCACAAAAUAUUUAGUAUUCCACCUGCUAUCCAUUAUACUGUACCUCACCCCAGUGCAAUAUACCAACACGAGCCCAUCACAUGUCAUGUGUUGUACAACGUGCGUUUAGCUUUGUGGCAAAGAAAAGGAAAAGUAUGUUGCAGCUAAUCACUUGAGUGUAUGUUUUGUAAUUUUAUUACUAAAGCACUUUUUAUGCAAAG